AUCACACUUAUCCCCUCCCCCACCCCCAAACCCCCGCGCCCGCAUUUCCCCCCAUCGCCGAUCCGACGCCACCUUCAAUUUAUCUUCAGGAACGGAUCCACCCUCCGACCCGGAUCCGGAAUCCCCAUCAACCCGGUUCUCCUACUCCCCAAUUUUCUAUUGCACAAAACCCUUACCUCUCCCAUUUGGUACCCUUCAAUCUGUGUGCGCGCGCGCGCAUGUAUUGAAAAUGGGGUUUCUCUAUAUAUGUGUUAGUGUCUUGCUACAGUAACUUCACAAGUAGCUCCUCUUCAUUUUCUCUUUUGCUCGAGCUCCUAAAUACACGUGGCGAUCUGGAUCGCCUGCAACUCCAUUUGCUGCUCAAAUUUCAAGAUGAAAAUGAUGUGACCCAAGAAUUGGGCAUUUUGCAUGGUUAAGUAUGUUGGGCUGGUCGUAGCUUUUGUUUCAAGAGCUUGGUCUUGAAGUGAUUUGGGUUCCUACAUGGAAGCGAACAUAGAUGAGGCUCUUAAGGCGAAAGACAUAGCUGAGAAGCGAUUUGCAGAGAAAGACUUUGCAGGUGCAAAGAAUUAUGCGCUAAAGGCCAAAACAUUGUGCCCGGGAUUGGAGGGUAUAUCUCAAAUGCUGACCACAUUUGAAGUUUAUAUUGCUUCUGAGGCUAAAUGCAACGGUGAGUUGGACUAUUAUUCAAUUCUUGGGUUGAAGCCUUUCGCUGAUAAAAAUGCAGUGAAGAAACAGUACAAAAAGAUGGCAGUGUUGCUCCACCCUGAUAAGAACAAAUGUGUGGGAGCUGACGGGGCGUUCAGACUUGUUUCUGAAGCAUGGACGUUACUGUCUGAUAUUUCUAAGAGAAGCUCUUAUGAUCGCAAGAGAAACAAACAAUUAGCACCUGGGGUUAACCAGACAAACUUAGCUCCGAUCCAUGCUACAGGGGUUCCAGGUUUCAACAAUUGUUCGAAUUCCCCGAACUCUCAUGGAAGACUUGACACUUUCUGGACCGUUUGUACCUCUUGUAAAGUUCAGUACGAGUAUCUUCGGAAGUAUGUGAAUAAAAGACUCUCUUGUAAGAACUGUCGCAGUGUCUUCAUUGCUGUGGAAACUGGGACAGCCCCAGCAAAUGGUUCUUUCCCAUAUUCUCCUUGGUCACAUUUGCCUGGUAAUGGGUAUGGAAGUCAUGGGUUUGAAGGGGUAACUUAUAUCCCAGCCAACCCUGCCUUUGUUACAGGGAAUGGGGUCUCAGGAUUUCAUUCUGCACAUGGAUAUGAGUAUGUUUCAAAUGUGUCGUUCCAGUGGAGCUCUUUCUCUGGAACUUCUGCUGGAAUUGUGGGUCCUAAUGGACCAUCUACCAUAUCCACUGAUGUCUAUCAGGCUAAUGGAAAUGUCAAUCGAGCAACAGCAAAGGUUAAAUCAGGAGCGAACAGAAAACAUUCCUUGGAAAAUGCUGUUGCUACUAUAAACUCAUCAAGUGGCUGCAGUGAACCUCCAGUAUCUAAAGCUGGCAGGGCUGAAAAGAAAAGAAAGGUGAUUAUGGAAGCCAGUUUUAGAAAUGGGUAUGAAGAUAAGGGUUUAAAAUCUGCAUCAGAAGCAAAAUUGGCUGAUGGAAAUAAUGCUAGUAAUGGACAGGAUCCCAAACCUAACGAUCCGAGUGAACUUCUUACUAGGCGAUGGUCUAUUCCACCUGCAUUUGAUGCUAGAAAGUUGUUAAUUGAAAAGGCACGGACAGAAAUUAGGAAGAAACUGAAAGAGAUGAAGUUGGCAUCCGAGGCUGCUGCCCCAGUUAAGCAGAAGGUCGAAGCACAGACAGAAGUUGACAGAUCUGGAGGCAUCAAAUAUACACCCAAAAAGGCUGAUUUGGGCACUUUUGGUCAUCAAUUAGAGCCAAAGAAACCCCGACCAAUCUCACUUACAGUCCCUGACCCGGACUUCCAUGAUUUUGACAAAGAUAGAUCAGAAGAAUGCUUCAAGCCUAAACAAAUAUGGGCUUUAUAUGAUGAAGAAGAUGGUAUGCCUCGCUUGUACUGUCUGAUCCGAGAGGUCAUCUCAGUUGAACCAUUCAAGAUUCAUAUCACUUAUUUGAACUCGAAAACGGAUAGUGAGUUUGGCUUAGUGAACUGGUUGGAUUGUGGGUUUACCAAAUCUUGUGGAAAUUUCAGAGUUUGGAACUCAGAUGUUGUAGACCGAGUAAAUAUUUUCUCUCAUGUUCUUAGCCAGGAAAAAGCUGGUAGGGGAGGAUGUGUUCGGAUAUACCCAAGAAGUGGAGAUAUUUGGGCUAUUUAUCGGAAUUGGUCAGCAGACUGGAGUAGAUCAACCCCAGAUGAAGUGAGGCACCAAUAUGAAAUGGUGGAGAUUCUUGAGAAUUACUCUGAAGAGCUUGGUGUUUGUGUAACUCCCCUUGUGAAAUUGCCUGGAUUCAAGACAGUAUACGGAAGAAAUACAGACAAAAAUGCCAUUCGAUGGAUCCGAAGAAGAGAGAUGUUACGCUUUUCGCACCAGGUGCCAUCUUGUCCACUCAAGGAAAGUGGGAAUAAUUUGCCUGGGAAGUGUUGGGAUCUGGACCCGGCUGCAACUCCAGACGAGCUUCUUCAUGCUGCCACAGGAGGAAACGCAUAACAUGCUAGGCAAGGAGGAAAGGAAGAUUUGUUUGGAGUUCUAUUUCAGCAUUCUUUAGACAAAUUUAGAUUUAACUGUACAAAUAUGUGUCUCACACUUGAUUAGAGGCCAAUGCAACAUUAACCCCAGAUGGUUUUU